AUGCCGUACACUUGGCUUUUAACGCUUAGCUUGCUUUACGCUGUGCUUUUUACUUUUGCCCACUGUCAAUCUGACUUGGAGGGAGACUACUCCAAUGAAUAUGACGAUGUGCGGCCACAUUUUGUGUAUCCCGAUGAGCCGCGAUUGGAUCGACGUCUUAGCGAGGCUGCUCAGCAAUUUGGACAAAGCGUGCGCAAUGCUUGGCAGUCUAUGGUGGAUUCUUUUAAGAACUACUUUCAGGAACUGCAUGAUGUAUUCGCUAAUGGUGAGCAAAACAAUGCGGAAACCUUAUCAGGAAAUAACUGAAUAAAAAGGGCUUUUCGUAGUAAAAUCCCAACAACCAUUACUACUUGCUUGUAAUUAUUUCUUAGCAAGCUUAA